GCGUACCUUCGUAUCAGUCGACGCAGCAGCGCCUCACCUCCAGCAUCGCCUGCACGGACGUCAGCGUCGGGGGCCCUUAACCAACUGCAUUGUUUAUAAAGGCGGUUGCGGUAGGGAAAUCGGCCGAUUUUUUAGUCAAGAUCGGCGCCGACGAUUCGACUGCAUAGCGAGUAGGGGGAGAAUAUGAUAAGUCGUGCGAGCUGCUGGCAACUGGGUCAUCGGGUCACGCUGCGAGGGUGACAAAACUAUACUUAGAACCGCCGGAGCGCAUCUGCUGGAUCGGUAUUGGAGCUUUGGAACGUAAGAUUUCCCGAGCGUCUCCGCACCUAUACACAGAAGAACAACCGCACAGCUUAGCAUCCAGUUUAAUCUGGCGCUGAUCUGCCCAAUCUAAGACGUCUCGUGCGGCCAUAGAGAGAUCUCUUCAGACCAGUACAAAAUUUCCAAAGCCGUGUGUACGAGCUGACACCGCGACGCACAUAUAUUUAUUCAGCUUUGUUUAUCGAUCGAGCCGUUUAUUUAUACCCGCAAAAGCUCGCGACAGGAAGAAAGCGCGAAAAUGAAGAAUACGGCAGCUCUGGCGAUCGUCGGCGCGCUGCUUAUGUGCUUAUGUAGCCUCUGUUCCGGAUUUAGCGUGCCCAGCGAGCAUGAAGAGACAUCGUUCUGGAUGAAAUCCGGCCAGGAGAAUCUCCGGCGAAUCUUGUCGCUGCAGAACAAUCAGAACCGUGCGAAAAACGUGAUAAUAUUCAUCGGCGACGGCAUGGGACUGUCGACCAUAACAUCCGGGCGUAUCUUCAAAGGACAGCAGCGAGGAAACUCCGGAGAGGAGUACAAGCUCUUCUUCGAGAAGUUCCCCAGCACCGGAUUUUCGAAGACUUACAACGUCGACAGGCAGGUACCGGACUCGGCUGGUACAGCCACGGCGAUAUUCUCCGGAGUCAAAGCCCAGUACCGGAUGCUGGGACUCGACGCCAAAGCCAAGUACAACACCUGCGACAAGAACCUCAACGAGAACAGCCAACUGACGACCAUCGCCACUUGGGCCCAGGAGUCCGGAAUGGAUACCGGCUUCGUGACGACGACGCGCGUGACGCACGCGACUCCCGGUGCACUUUACGCCCACACGAACAACCGAGACUGGGAGUGCGACAGCAACAUUCCGGCCCAGCAUCGCGGCUGCGUCAAAGACAUCGCCAGGCAGCUCGUCGAGGAUGCGCCAGGAAACAAGUUCAAGGUGAUAAUGGGCGGCGGCGCAGGAGUCCUGGGCAUGUCCAGCUCGAUCGCGGACAAGGAGGUCUGCCAGCGUCGCGACGGCCGUCAGCUGAGCGAAUACUGGAAAGAAGCCAAUCCCGGCGGUAAGCUCGUGACCAACGUCAAGGAGCUCAUGUCCGUCGACGUGGCCAACACGAGCAAACUCAUGGGCAUCUUCUCCGACGAUCACCUGCCCUACGCCGCUGUCAAACCGGACACGGUACCGACGCUCGCUAACAUGACCCUCCAGGCCAUCAGGAUGCUCAGGAAGAACAAGAAGGGCUUCUUCCUCAUGGUCGAAGGUGGCAAGAUCGACCUGGCCCACCACCAGAACCACGCGCAGCUGGCCCUGCGCGAGGUGGCCGAGCUCGACGACGCGGUGACCGCGGCAGUGGCCAACGUCAACAUCGACGAGACUCUGGUGAUCGUCACGGCCGAUCACUCCCACGCGUUCACCAUGAACGGCUACCCCGAGCGAGGCAACGACAUCCUCGGCUUGACCGAAUCCGGCAGCAGCCAGAAGUACGAGACCCUGAGCUACGCCAACGGACCUGGAUUCUUCUAUCACAGGUUGAACGACACCAACAACGUCAAUCACACCUGGAAGGACCUGGUGAACGACGAGAACAGGAAGGACCCGUUUUACAGACACUUUGCCGCUAGGUACCUCAAGGACGAGACUCACGGCGGCGAGGACGUCGGCGUCUACGCGAUAGGACCCUACGCCCACCUGUUCCGCAGUACCUUCGAGCAGAACUACAUCGCCCACGUGGUAGCCUACGCGGCCUGCUUCAAAGACUGGCCGUCGCACUGCGAUCAGGCGUACAACCGCUACUUUUACGAGGUGUCCCAGAGGAUUCACAAUUCCGCUGCUACCACGACGCCGGCCCUCGUCCUUAUGUUCCUUGGCUUGAUGGCCUACCUUCUUUAAACGCGGGAUCGGUACAUGUAGGUGCGAUUACGUUUUACACGAUGAUAUUAUAGAAGCGUUAUCAGAGAGAAAUUUUACCCCGACGAUAUAUUAUGAUAAUCGUGGUGGCUGGGCGAUCACCUCUACGCAGUCUGUGAUGAAACGGGGUUUUGGAGUACGCUGUACGAGCCAUCGCGUUACACCUACGUAUAUGCAUUCCUUUGAGAGUUCAUCUUCUUGGUGGAUCACGAUUACACUUACGCUUUAUUUAUUGUAGCUGGAUGUAAUUUCGUAAAAGUGUUUGGAUAUGUCGAUUCGAGCUCGCGUGAAACAUUCCCACCAACUGAAGAUUCCUUGAAUUUUUUCAAACUCUUGCUCGGCAAACUUGUAUUAUGAAUGUAUUUUGUCAAUGAGUUCGAGUGCGGCGAAUGAAUAUAUGAACGGAAGAGGUUUUCUACACGGUCCUGAAAACCUAUAUAGAUUUGUCUUGAUAGUUCAAUUUUUAAAGCGAGGAGCGAAUGUUAAUAGUUUAAUAAAGCAAAAAUCAGAUCCGUAUAUUAGAGCUGAAGAUGUAGUUGAAUGACGAUCAAUUUCCAUUGUUUGAUCGCAUGAUUGAUUGGUAAUACUUAGUAGGUGUGAGAACUUAUUUAAUUAAGUAUUUGUUUAUAAAAUACAGUGGAUAUUAUCUAUUAGAUUUUUAUUAGCGAUAAAUUCUUGCGAAAAGCUGCUAACCAGGAUAAACACCUUUUUUAUUUUUCAAGCUGUAUACAAAGUUUUUGUUGUACACGUACAACGUAAUAAGAUGCGUAUUAUUCUCGCAAACUAAAGAUUAUUUUGUAAAAUCUGUUUGAAAGCGAUUUAUUGUACAACGUUAUUUUUUAAUGCACUAUUAUUAAUAUGCGCAAAUAAUCGAUUUCUAGCUUCAAUCUGAACUCUGAAUAGUUUUUUAAUGUAAUUCCACCCCAAAUUAACGUAAAAUACUGCCCUUUUCAUUGUAUAUUUUUAUAAAAAGAAAUAUGUAUAGUUUCUUAUCUUUAUACCUCAAACAGUAUUUUCCACAACUAUUGCAGUGCCAAAAGAAAUAAGAGCAACACGUUGUAAAAUAAUAAACGAACUACAUUUUUCGUUUAUAAAAAAAUAAGUUAAAGGUAUUCAAUACCUAGAUAAAUGUUCAAUUUGUAAAUAAAAUAAAAAAGAAACAUCUAUUCGAAAGAAAAACAAUUUUUAUUCAACAAUCUCCCGUAACACAGCAAAACCUGAAGCGGUGGUCUGUAAAAUAAUCAUGGAUGCUGAAAGAUAUCAAAACAUAAACAAAGCUCGAAGCCACAUAGACCCGAGCUUUAAACUGAUUCGUCCUACAGUGUGAAAAAGGCAAAGUCCGUCGCACUGCCUAAAUUGACUCGUUGAAAAAUAAAACAUCGCACCAGUAGCAGCGUCUCAGUCCAUUGAGGCCAGAGUCGUCCAAAACCGCAAACAAGCUUGCCAGCCAUCAGUGCUACCUAUAUCAAGCCUAGAAAGGAAAGACGCAUGAAUGACGGGUCAUCCGUCCGUUAACGAAGACAAACUUGCUCUUCUCUCUCUCUCUCUCUCUCUCUCUCUCUCUCUCUCUCUCUCUCUCUCUCUCUCUCUAUCUCUCUCUCUCU